UUCCAGCGAUUUGUGUUAUCAAUUUUCCCGCGUGUGUGUUGUUCCAAAUCAUGCUGUGGAAUGGCGAACGGGAAGGGGGAAAUUCAACAAGCUUAUGUACAGGAGAAUGAUUCGUCAAAUAAUGCCAUCAUUAAAGUGGCAGGAGAAGAGAAUGUCACUGUACCGGGGGAAAGUGAGAUGCACCAGAAGACCUACAAUUUUGAUGAUAUUUUGACAGAUAUAUCCCCUGAGUCUUCUGGUGGAAUGGAGGAUGGAUUCAGAGAAUUUGCAGUACUUCUCUGUGGCCUAGGACUCACUGUGGAUGAAAUCAGACUUGUGAAACAACGCAAUAUCGACAUAGAGACAUUUCUAGCAUUAAAAGACACUGACUUAAAAAUUAUUGGAAUUGAGGAUGAGGAACGAAGACGUAAGCUAAUUGAAGACAUGCAAAAUCUCUCGUCAAAACAACAGCCUCAGGAAAAUAAGGCACAUAUGAAAUCCAAUUCCGCAAUUAGUGUACAAGAAGGGCAGCAAAUUGUAUCUUUGACUGCAACACAUUUAGAAGAGCUGGAUUUGGUACUGGACACCCUGUUAAAGGCAGUCGCCCAAAAUUAUGACGACGCUUUUGUGGAUGAACAGUACUCCUCUAAAGCCGUCUUGCUUGUGGUAUUGCAAUUGGCGAUGGAGCAAGCAUAUUGUCUCCAUAACCAACUUCAAAAACUGCCUGGAGAAUUGUCUCAGAUGAGAAAGCAGUCAGACAGUCGGAGGGCGAAAUAUUUCUCCUGGAAAGUCGUGGGGCUUUUGGUGCCUGCCACAGCAGUGGCAGUGAUAGCGUUUUGGAAAAUGAAAAAACAUUUAUUCUCACAUAUUGUGUGAAACAUUUUUGAAAAGUAUGCCCAUUGAGAACAUAAGACUGCUUAUGUCUUUAAAUUAUUAUUUGUGUUGUAAGAUAAGACAUUAUUUAUUACUGGCUUACCGUAAUACAGACAUAAUUGCAGAUAAUUUCAUUAUAACACACAGCAGUAUAUUGUUUUCAUUUCCAUUGAUCUCAAAUCCAGAAGAAGAAAAUGCACAGCACAUCAAA